UUUCUACAUCAUCAACCUCACAACUCAAAACCCAUCUCUCAAUUUCUCUUCACUCUAUAAUCUCAAAUGGCAACUCCUAGACCGACCCACCAAAACCCACAACCCAAUUUCCACGACUUCUUCCCCGCCAUGGCGGGAAAACUCGGAGGAGAAGGUCUGAUCGACGAGCUCUGCAAAGGCUUCGAGCUCCUCAUGGACGGAGACAAAGGAGUCAUCACUUUCGAGAGCCUGCGGCGAAACGCGUCGGCGGUUCUUGGCCUCGGAGAUCUGACGGACGACGACGUGAGGUGUAUGAUCGAGGAAGGGGAUUUCGAUCGAGACGGUGCGUUGAAUCAGAUGGAGUUUUGUGUGCUCAUGUUUAGGCUUAGCCCUGACUUGAUGGAUGCCUCACGGUGUGUUGUCACGGAGGCCAUCGAGGAGGAGUUUGGUGACCGAACGCAUAGGCAUUGAUACAUAACCUUCUUUCUCCAUCAGAGACUUUGACUUAAUUCCCUUUUUUUUAUGUUUUUCUUGUCUUUUCGAUUAUUGUUGCAAAUUCAUUGAGAACAGUCAAAAAUAUAGUAUAUAUAUAAGAUGCAAAUUCAUUUCUUCA